CUGCACUUCUUUAUCAGAUAGAAGUUCUGCUGGGACUUGGCCACUGCAGCCUCGGUCAGCCUGGGAAACACUUUCUUCUGCUGGAGCUCACCCACCAAUCACAGCCAAGAUGCCCAAAACAAUAAAUGUGCGCGUCACCACGAUGGACGCGGAGCUGGAGUUCUCCUUCCACCCCAGCACCACCGGAAAGCAGCUCUUUGACCAGGUUGCCCGCACCAUCGGACUGCGUGAGAUUUGGUACUUUGGGCUUCAGUUUGUCGACGCCAAAGGAUUCCUCACAUGGCUGAACGCUGAAAAGAAGGUCAUGUCCCAGGGUGUGAAGAAGGAAGCUACCCUGCAGUUCAAGCUGAGGGUCAAGUUUUACCCCGAGGACGUGACCGAGGAGUUGAUCCAGGACGUCACUCGGAGGCUCUUCUUCAUGCAGGUGAAGGAGGACCUCUUGACAGAGGACAUCUACUGUCCUCCGGAGACCGCCGUGCUGCUGGCCUCCUACGGCAUCCAGGCCAAGUAUGGAGAGUACAACAGAGCGGUGCACAAACGGGGUUACAUGUCCUCCGAGCGCCUGCUGCCAAAGAGAGUCCUGUCGCAACACAAGCUGUCCAAGGAUCAGUGGGAAGAGAGAAUCCAGGUCUGGCACGAGGAGCACAGAUCGAUGCUGAAGGAGGAAGCCAUGAUUGAGUACCUGAAGAUCGCUCAGGAUCUGGAGAUGUACGGAGUCAACUACUUUGAGAUCAAGAACAAGAAGGGCACAGAUCUGUGGUUAGGAGUUGACGCUCUGGGACUGAACAUCUAUGAGAAGGAGGACAGGCUGUCUCCAAAGAUUGGAUUCCCCUGGAGUGAAAUUAGAAACAUUUCUUUCAAUGAUAAGAAGUUCAUCAUCAAGCCCAUAGACAAGAAAGCCCCUGAUUUCGUAUUCUAUGCCCCACGACUGAGAGUCAACAAGCGCAUCCUGCAGCUGUGCAUGGGCAACCACGAGCUGUACAUGCGCCGCCGCAAGACCGACACCAUCGAGGUCCAGCAGAUGAAAGCUCAGGCCAAAGAGGAGAGGCUGCAGAAGAAGAUGGAAAAAGAUCAGCUGGAGAGUGAGAAGAAGAGGAGGGAGGCCAUCGAGAAAGAGAAGGAGCAGAUGGAGAAAGAAAAGCAGGAUCUGAUGAAGAGGCUCCACCAGUUUGAAGAGACAACCAAGAGAGCAGAGAAAGAGCUUCAGGAGCAGCUGGACAGGGCCAUGAGGCUGGAGGAGGAGAGGAGGAGGGUGGAGCAGGAGGCGGCCCGGCUGGAGGCUGAGAGGAUGGAGGCCAUAAUAGCCAAGGAGGAGCUGGUCAGGCAAGCUGAGGACCAGAUAAAGAGCCAGGAGCAGCUGGCUGCAGAACUGGCCGAGUACAGCGCCAAGAUUUCCGUGCUGGAGGAGGCUAAGAGAAUCAAGGAGGAAGAGGCUGAGACAUGGCACAGCAAGGCUAAGGAAGUGGAGGAGAAUUUGCUGAAGACGAAGGAGGAGCUGCACAAUGUAAUGACCACUAAUUCAGUUCCCCCUCCCGCUCCCGCUUCCUCCUCUUCCUCCUCCUCAUCCUCGGACAGCGAGAGCGAUCACGAAGAGCAAAACGAAGAGCACAGCGAAGAGAACAGCACCUACAGCGCCGAGCUCCCCUCACAGGAAAUCAACGACCACCGUGAGGAGGAGGACAGGAUCACCGAGGCCGAGAAGAACCAACGCCUGCAGAAACAACUGAUGGCCCUGAGCUCAGAGCUGGAAGACGCCCGAGACCAGAAUAAGAAGACCGCAGACGACCUGCUCCACGCCGAGAACGUCCGAGCCGGCCGCGACAAGUACAAGACCCUGCGUCAGAUCCGUAUGGGCAACACCAAGCAGAGGAUUGAUGAGUUUGAGGCCUUGUAGAAACCUUAAGAGACAUGAAGAUCUCUCCAAAAAUACCUCAUCAAGGCUUGUUCAGUGUAAUUUAAGUGUGAUGUAAUUGCAGCCACACCUGAUCGUAAAGACCCAGAAAAAAAGACUCGAGCCUCCAUCAGUGAGUCUUAUCAUAUUGGUUUAACUUCUGAAAGUUUUUGCAUGAAAGCACUGUGUUUUUUUUUCUUUGUAGCACUCAAACAUCUCCAUUGUGCUGUUUAUACCAUUUAAAAUAUAACACUGGAUGAUGUGUGUGUCAUUUUGAAAACAAUAACAGAAAGCGACUGUUCCUGAUUUAUGAUAAACGAUCAGAAAAAGGUGAAAGUUUGUCUUUUCAGUUUUUCUUUUGUACCAAUCUGAAGUAGAUAAAUACACUCUUUGGAAGUGACUGUCCCUUAUUGCAAUCAGUGCCUUAUAGAGCUGCAACUGAAAAUUAUGUAGUAUUGAUUAAUGCAUUGAUUAUUUUUUUCCGUUCAUUGUUUUGUCUAUAAAAUUGUGACCAAUGCACAUUUCGAGAGCCUUAAGGCGAUGAUGUCUUACUUUGUCAUAGCAACAGUUCAAAACCAAAACAUGUCAUUUAUUAUGUGAAACAGAAAGAGAGACGCUGAAAUAAGAAAAUGUGUGUCAUUUUUGUUUGAUGAAUGAACUAGCACAAUUGUUGCAGAUUAAUUUUCUGUGAAUCUACUUCAAUCAAAUUGUUUCUGCUCUACUGCUUUGUGCAUCUGUUUUCAUAAGGGUCCAAAUAAUAAUGCAAUUUAUUUAACUAGUUUUAAAAUGCUCAUGAUAUUGAAUUAAUUGGUUUCAUGUCUUUACAGCAGGGGGUGGGGAUAAAACAAAACAUCUCAGGUGUUUCUGUUUGAAGGGUUUUAUGACACAUGAACAUUUAAAAAUGCAUUUUAUUGGUUUUAUUCAAAAGGUUGUUUUAAUAUUCAUUUCCAGGGUACUGACAUCCUGUUGCUGUUAAAGGUUUAAAUGAUCUGAUUUACUCUCUAAGACUUUUACCUGGUUUAGCAUUAUAUAUUCAGGCAGGACAGACAGUUGCUGAUAUUAGACUUUAUGUGUGAUGUCUCAUAGCCCUGUUUCCAUGCC